AUGGAAAAGACUCCUGCUCCCCCAUAUCCUGGUCCACCUCAGGACACCGUCUACCCUGUCCUGCAGGUCCCUCCUCAACCCCUACCACAUGGAGCUACCCAGACAGUGGUGGCCCUGCCCACUCUGGGAGAGGUGCCAGGGGAGACAAAGUGCCCACACUGCCAGCAGAGAGUAGUCACACAGACUCACUACGUGAUUGGUGCAAUAGCCUGGUACCUCUGUCUGAUCCUGGGCCUGCUAUUUAUUUGGCCGUGCUGCCUGAUCCCUUUCUUGGUGGACUCUUUUAAGGAUGUGGAGCACUGCUGUCCAAACUGUCAGAGAGUCAUUUACAUCCACAGACGUCUGUGA